GAAUGGUUUUUUGUGCGUCUGAUGAAGCCCAUGCGAUGGCAUGAGCUUCUUCAGCAAGCUCUACGAGCAGUAUGCAGAGCUCUGGAAGGCGGUGAUCAGACCCCCGCGGGACCAGUAUGAGAUCAAGGACUUGGGCCCGGCGGUUUUCAGCAUUGAGCACCGGACGUACCAGCGCACAGACCUCACGCUGAAGAACCCGCGGGGGCUCACCAUCGUGUGUAGCCACUUCGAGCCCAUUGCCGCGGAGCGGCCGGCGGAGCGGUUGCCUUGCGUGGUGUACCUCCACGGCAACUGCAGCAGCCGCCUGGAGGCGGUGAGCACGUUGCCGGUGCUGCUGCCCUUCAACAUCACCGUCUUCUGCCUUGACUUCGCCGGCUCAGGGCUUUCCGACGGGGAGUACAUUAGCCUGGGCUACUUCGAGCGGGACGACCUGGCCGUGGUGGUGGACUUCCUCCGGGAGUCCAGCCGCGUCACCUGCAUCGGCCUGUGGGGCCGGUCCAUGGGCGCCUCCACCGCGCUGCUCCAUGCGGAUCGCGAUCCUUCCAUUGCGGGGCUGGUGCUGGACAGUCCCUUCUCGGACCUCAAGGUGCUCUGCGAGGAGCUGGUGGACAGCUACACCAACAGCCGCGUGCCAAGGUGGGUCACCGGAAUCGCGCUGCAGAUGGUGCGCAGCUCCAUCAGCACGCAUGCGGAUUUCGACCUCCACGACCUGGUGCCCGUGCGGCACGUGUCUCAGUCCUUCAUCCCCGCCCUCUUCACUGCGGCGUACAAUGACCACUUCAUCAAGCCCCACCACGCGAAGGAGCUCCAUGCCGCCUACGCCGGGGACAAGAACUUCAUCAUGGUGGAGGGGGACCACAACUCCGCGCGCUCCAAGUUCUUCAUGGACUCGGUGUCCAUCUUCUUCUUCAACACCCUGCAGUGCGAGAGCCUGGCGAGGAAUCCCAGAGAGGCCGGCGAGCUCAGCGAUGCCAUCCCGGAAAGGGUCAAAGGGAGCGCCCGCUGACUGAGGCCGCUGGAGGCCACGGAGGAGGUGACCUUCUGAAGGUGACCGCCGCGCGCGCCGAAGGCGCUCCCGGCUCCCGAAAGCUGGAGUUGCUUGCGGCCUCGCGCGAGCGCGCGGCGAAAACUUGCGCGCGAGGCCGGGGAGGGGAGGGUUUAGAUGACCCCACCUUAGGAAGUGG